ACACAGCUUCUUCUGCCCGCUCUGAUAAUUGUAUCCUAAAUCACACUGAAUCUUGGAUUCAAAGACUUGAGGGAUGGAAGGUUUCUUCAGGAUGAUUCUUUUGCUUUUUUGCUUUAUCUUGAUAGUGAGGGUUACAGAGCUCCAUGCUGCCAGAGAUGAAUGCCAACCCACAAAAUGCAAUCACGUUACCAUCCGAUUCCCAUUCCGACUUAAGGGGCAGCAACAACCGGAAAACUGCAGCUAUCCUGGAUUCGAACUAUCCUGCAUGGAUAAAAAGCAAACUGUGCUAGAGCUGUCGCGAAAUGUGAAGUUCUUCGUGAAGCAUAUAGAUUACAGAGCACAGUGGAUUCAGUUAUACGAUCCCCAGGGAUGCCUCGCGCGGCAGCUUCCCAAUGAUUUAUCUGCAUCUCCCUUCCAGGAGGACAACAGAUACACAAUCGGCCUUAACAUCAAUAUUCCUCAAAAAUACACUAUUUUCAAUUGUUCAGGCGAAGCACAAAUGACAGAAAGAGAUGAAUACGGCGCUAUUCCUUGCCUAAGCAUCCAAGGAUUCCAAGUUCUAGCUCUUCCUUCCGAUUCUAGUGAAGUUGUUAAUUUGUUAAAUUGCACCAGAACGUUAUUAAACCUUUCGGUAACACAAACAUUUGAAGAUAUGUUGUAUGACCGGACAAAGGAUGUUUAUUUGAGUUGGGACGAACCAUACUGCAGAAGAUGUGAAGUGGAAGGCAGGAAAUGCAGACUGAAGAAAAAUAAUAGUACUACAGAGGAUGAGACAGAGUGUUAUGGUCCAUCCAAGAAAGAAAGAAAGAAAGAAAGAGAUAGACCGAAACAACUGAUGGCUACAGGAAUAAUCCUAGGUUCCUGUCUUCUUGGAAUAAUUCUCUUUGCACUUUACCGCGUCCACCAUUCAUAUAAAGCAGAGAAAGAGGGCCAACUCAAGAUUGAAAAUUUUUUGGAGGAUUACAAAGCUCUCAAACCCUCAAGAUAUUCUUAUGUUGAUAUCAAGAGAAUAACAGAUCAGUUCAAGGACAAACUUGGAGAAGGGGCCUAUGGAACAGUUUUCAAAGGGAGACUUUCCAAUGAUGUUUUUUAAUUUAUAUUUUUAAGUACAAAUUAUGACCAUUAAAUAAGUUAUCAUCAACAAUUUGUUGAUUCGAAUAGAAAAAACUCGAUUUUGGUUAAAUAAAAUCUUAAAUUUGAA